AUGGCUACUAUAUACCUCAUCAAGUCAUUGAUUAAGUAGUCAUACUACAUAGAAGCAAAAGAUGUUCUCUAGACUUUGCAAGAUUUGAUUGAUUAAAACGAUGAGAAUCUUUCUUAAAGCAUCAAGAACUCUUGUUAAGUAUUCAUUAGCUUAUCUCUUUGUAGAGCAGGAUAUUACUUCUAGGUAUUAGAAAAACUAUAGGUCUUGGUAGUAGAUAGGAAUACAAAUCCAAGAGAUUAUAUGAAGCUUUAAAUUGCCUUAGCAAAGACAUUUUUAUAUCUUGGGAAUCAUUUCCAUAGUAAAAAGAUAUUGAACCAGAUAAAACCUACAAUCAAAACUGACUGGGACAGCGAUGAUAAGUUAAAAAUUAAGUUUUAUGCUUGCAAAGCCAAAUAUUUUUUAAGUCUCAUGCUCCCUCAACAAUUUGCAAAAUACGUUCUAAAGAUUAUUAAAUACUUUUCUGAAAACGUAUCAAUCAAAUACAUCAAAUAUUUAGAUUUGUAUUAAUUGGCAAAAAAUGUGGAACCAAAAAAAAUAAAUUUACUUACUAAGAAAAUUGAUGAAGAACUUAACGUUAAAAUGGAUAGUAUGAGAAAUAAUGAAGAAAUAUAAGAAAUGGUGAAUAAAUAUCUACUUGCAAUUGAAAUGAAAAAAUUAAUUUAUGAACCUCAGGAUCAUUAAUAGAAUUCUCUAGCAGCAAUCGCUAUUUUAAUGAAUAGUUAGAUUUCUAAGCAAAAUGAAGAUAAAAGGUUAAGCUAUUAAAGAUUUUAACUACAAACUUUAAUGAUCUUUUCAGAAUAACUAGAUGAGAAUUAAUUUUAAGAUGCUGAAAAAAAGUAUAAUCAAUUAUUAGAAGAGUUUCAUCCAUUUCUUGACAAUGCUAAGUUUCUCAGAGAAGUAUGUAGAUAGUUAAAAUUAGCUCUUUCAUUCACAUAAUAUGAAGGUUUCGUACAAACGAUUCAAUCAAUAUUUAUCAAUGAAGUUCUUAGAAGAUAGAAAGAAAAUUAUCCACUGAGCAUUCAUACAUCUAAUACAAUAAUCAGUUUAAUUGAUGUAGUUAGAGACAGUAUUGCUUUUAAUAAUAAGAAAUUCUUCUAACAAGAGAUUGUUCAGCAGAUAUAAGAAUAUAAGUAGUUUUUAUAUCAAGAAGGUAUUAAAUAGUUCCCUGAAAAUUACUAUAAUCAAUCAAGAGCUGCUAAAGAAAUAUAUGAGUUAGAAGAUUAAUAUAAGAAAGGUGAAAUUAGUAUUGAUAAUUUUUCAUAGUCAUCAGAUAUCAUUUUGAAACAUCUUGCGAAUGAUCUUUAUCAUGGGAACAAUUAUUGCAUUGGUAUCUAUAUUUUGAAAUAAGCAAGUUAAAAUGCAAGAUAGGCAAAUUUAAACAAAGGCCUAGCAAUAGAUCCUACUUUUUAGGAUCAAUUAAUUAUAGAAAGAUUUCGAAUGAUAUGUAAUAAGUUUGAUUAUAUGAGAAUUGAUAUGACUGACAACUUCAAAUAGGUCGGUGACAUAUAUAAAAGCAAUUACAAUAAGGAAGAGUACAGUGAACUGGUAGAUUAAUUCAUAAAAUUAAAGUUGAAUAGAGAAUAAUAUUAAGAGUUAGCAUACAUAGGUCCUUACUUUAUUGAAGGAUUUUUUCAAAUGAAUGAAACCGAGUCAGCAAUAAGUUUGAUUGAGACUAUCUAUGGACAACUUAGAGAAAUAGGUACUUCCUCAGAUACGAAACAUUCAGAUUUAAUCUUUAGUGAGUACUGUUUAUUUCUCUUGCUUCAUUACAAAUAAAUUUAAAAGGCUAUAGAACUUUCAAGAAAAAUAUAGAAUGCUUAUGAAAAUGAAAAUCAACGCAAUCAUAGACUUACUAAAGUAACAUUUACAAAAUAACUUAAAAUUCUUAUUUACUAAUGCGAAUUAUUAUCAGAAGGAAGCCUAUCAAGCUUAAAAUUAAAAAAUAUGUUAGCUGAUUUGAAUUUAUUUGAGAAAGACCUUUAAGAUCCGGAUUAUUUUGAUAGAAUUAAUGAUUUAAGAAAAUUGAUAAGAAUAAGACAAGAAAAGCAUAGUUAAAUGAUGUUUGGAAUAACUGCGGGAUUUGGAAUAUUUUUGUCAGGAAUUGUUGUGGGAACAAUCAUAUACUUGAAUCAAAAGAAGAAUUGA